GCAGUCGCUGGCGAGCCCGGGAGGCCAAGAAGGCAGUGGUUACUCUGGCUGUCGCAUUCCGGAGGGAGUCGUGUCGGCGCCCCACUGGCCUCCAACCCCGCUGAUCACCCCACAGGCUCGCGUGAGCUCCUGACCUUGCCAGCCGUUCACCACUUGCCGCGCGGACUGUGCCUCCAGCAUCAUGUGCGGUAUAUUUGCUUACUUAAACUACCAUGUCCCUCGCACAAGACGGGAAAUCUUGGAGACCCUAAUCAAAGGCCUUCAGAGACUGGAGUACAGAGGAUAUGACUCUGCUGGUGUGGGAGUUGAUGGCGGCAAUGACAAAGACUGGGAAGCCAAUGCUUGCAAAAUCCAGCUUAUUAAGAAGAAAGGGAAAGUCAAGGCACUGGAUGAAGAAGUUCACAAACAACAGGAUAUGGAUUUGGACAUAGAAUUUGAUGUCCAUCUUGGAAUAGCUCAUACCCGUUGGGCAACCCAUGGCGAACCCAAUCCUGUCAAUAGCCAUCCACAGCGCUCUGAUAAAAACAACGAAUUUAUUGUUAUUCACAAUGGAAUCAUCACCAACUACAAAGACUUGAAAAAGUUUUUGGAAAGCAAAGGCUAUGACUUCGAAUCUGAAACAGACACAGAGACAAUUGCCAAGCUCGUUAAGUACAUGUAUGAUAAUCGGGAAAGUCAAGAUAUCAGUUUUACUACCUUGGUGGAGAGAGUUAUCCAACAAAUGGAAGGUGCUUUUGCGCUUGUAUUUAAAAGUGUUCAUUUUCCUGGCCAAGCAGUUGGCACAAGAAGGGGUAGCCCUCUGUUGAUUGGUGUACGAAGUGAACACAAACUGUCUACUGAUCACAUUCCAAUACUCUACAGAACAGCUAGGACUCAGAUUGGAUCAAAAUCCACACGGUGGGGAUCGCAGGGAGAACGAGGCAAAGAUAAGAAAGGAAGCUGCAGUCUCUCUCGUGUGGACAGCACAACUUGCCUUUUCCCUGUUGAAGAAAAAGCGGUGGAGUAUUACUUUGCUUCUGAUGCAAGUGCUGUCAUAGAACACACCAAUCGCGUCAUCUUCCUUGAAGAUGAUGAUGUAGCAGCAGUGGUGGAUGGCCGGCUUUCUAUCCAUCGGAUAAAACGCACUGCGGGGGAUCACCCUGGGAGAGCUGUGCAGACCCUACAGAUGGAACUCCAGCAGAUCAUGAAGGGCAACUUCAGCUCAUUUAUGCAGAAGGAGAUUUUUGAGCAGCCAGAGUCUGUUGUGAACACCAUGAGAGGAAGAGUCAACUUUGAUGAUUAUACUGUGAAUUUGGGCGGUUUGAAGGAUCACAUUAAGGAGAUCCAGCGGUGCCGGCGUCUCAUUCUUAUUGCUUGUGGAACAAGUUAUCAUGCUGGUGUGGCAACACGUCAAGUUCUUGAAGAGCUGACUGAGUUGCCUGUUAUGGUGGAGCUAGCCAGUGAUUUCCUGGAUAGAAACACGCCAGUUUUUCGAGAUGAUGUUUGCUUUUUCAUUAGCCAGUCAGGUGAGACAGCAGACACCCUGAUGGCUCUCCGAUACUGUAAGGAGAGAGGAGCUUUAACUGUGGGGAUCACAAACACAGUCGGCAGCUCCAUAUCGAGGGAGACAGACUGUGGUGUUCACAUUAACGCUGGGCCCGAGGUUGGCGUGGCCAGCACAAAGGCUUACACCAGCCAGUUUGUAUCCCUUGUGAUGUUUGCCCUCAUGAUGUGUGACGACAGGAUCUCUAUGCAGGAGAGACGCAAAGAGAUCAUGCUGGGAUUGAAGCGGUUGCCUGAUUUGAUUAAGGAAGUACUGAGCAUGGAUGAUGAAAUUCAGAAACUGGCAACAGAACUUUAUCAUCAGAAGUCGGUCCUGAUAAUGGGACGUGGCUAUCAUUAUGCCACUUGUCUGGAAGGGGCGCUUAAAAUCAAAGAAAUCACUUACAUGCACUCUGAAGGCAUCCUCGCUGGUGAAUUGAAACACGGCCCUCUAGCUUUGGUGGAUAAGUUGAUGCCUGUUAUCAUGAUCAUCAUGAGAGAUCACACUUAUGCCAAGUGCCAGAAUGCUUUUCAGCAAGUGGUUGCUAGGCAGGGACGCCCCGUGGUGAUUUGUGAUAAAGAAGAUACUGAGACCAUUAAGAACACAAAAAGAACCAUCAAGGUGCCCCACUCAGUGGACUGCUUGCAGGGCAUUCUCAGUGUGAUCCCCUUGCAGUUGCUGGCUUUCCACCUUGCUGUGCUGAGAGGCUAUGAUGUUGAUUUCCCUCGGAAUCUUGCCAAAUCUGUAACUGUAGAAUAAGGAGCAUCUGAAACUCUGGGCGAUAAAGCAACACAAGACACCUUUUGUAUUUAAAACUUUGAUUUAGAAUAUCACUCCUUUAAGCCUUUUUAAAAAGUAAAUCCUUAUUUAUAUAUCAGUUAUAAUUAUUCCACUCAAUUUGUGAUUUUUGUGAAAUUACCUCAUAUUUUUACAGUAAUUUGUGGGGGAGUUUGAAAAUUGAAUCUGUAUGCUAGUCAGUAUCAGAAACAGAUAUAGCUCUCAUUUUCUUUAAAGGUUGUUGGGUGUUGGAUUUCUGGACCCUCCACUUCAAGCUGAGAGUUUUAAAAGUAAUUGGUGUUUUUUUACCAUGAUUCUAUUCAUUCAGACCAAUAAAAGAGUAGUGCAUUUAAUUGGAAGAUCUAAAGUCAGUGGCAAUGUACUUGGGCGUUUAAUUAAGGUUUUGUUAAGUUAUAUGUAAAGAUGCUAUGCUUUGUUUUGAAAUUUAUUUGUGUACUAAAAACUGAAAACAUUUCUUGGUGGGAUUUCUACCAAGUUAGGUUAACCUUAGUCUUUCAAACUUGUUGCUUGUUAUUUGUAGGGCCCGGUAGCUUAGGAAGCUAAAUAGUAGAGUAGUGCAUUUGUUUUCUCCAGCCUUCAACAGAAAAUAUUUGUAUAAUUUCAUAACACAAACUUUAAAUUUGAGCUGCUUUGGACAACUGACACUAUGAUUUGAAUUUGAAGAUGGGAUAUAUACAUGUUGGAUAAUCCUACUCUUUGUUUUUUUAUCUCCUGAAAGUGGUUUUUAUUUUCUUGUGUCGACAGGUAUGUGUGUGUGUGUGUGUGUGUGUAUCUGCUGAAUGACAUAUUUUAUCUUGUUCUUUGAAAUCCCCACACAGGGUUGCCAUCAAAUAUCUCAAAUCAGUACUGAUACAUUCAGAAUUCUCUUUAACUUUGUCCCAAAGAAGAAUUUCCUGCAGUUAAUUUUAACUUCCCUUCCCUGCCUUGUUGUAUAAAAACUAAUACCUUUGUGCCAGUUUGGAAGUUCUUUGCAAUUGUUUGGAAGAUUUUGUAAGUCUUUUGACUAAUCACUUGACUCAAUCUGGUGGGCUAGGCUUGGAAAAAGCUAUAUACCCUUAUACUGAAAUUAAUGAAGGAUAGCAUCAAAUUUAGUACAGGCAUACCUUGGGGAUAUUGCGGGUUUGGUUCCAGACCUCCAUAAUAAAGCGAGUAUCGCAAUAAAGUGA